AUGUCUAUCACUUAUGUUCAACCACAAGAUUACAUCCAUCUGGAAAACAUUGCGUGUCUGAUUAGUACUGCAUCAAGAGUCGUCGUUGUUACUGGGGCCGGUAUCAGUACAAAAGCAGGUAUUCCAGACUACCGAUCGAAAAACAGCAAUAACUCCCGCUACAGACGCUCGCUUUUCCACUCAUCAGUUUUCUCUGAUCCAGAGAAGAAGUCCUGCUUUUACAAAGAAGUAACUAGGAUGCACAAAAUGGCUAAAGAUGCCAAUCCAACAGAAACCCAUCACUUCAUCAAUGACCUACACCGUGCUGGCAAGCUAGUUCGGUGCUACACUCAAAACAUCGACUGCCUUGAGGAUAAAGUUGGUCUCUGUACUGAUUUGCAAAAAGGGCCUGGGAUUCAUUUCAAACACCAGGCCAACGGCCAAUCAAGCUCCUUAUGUGUCUCCGGAGGAAUGGAAUAUGUUCUCCUCCAUGGAUCUGUCCAUUGCUUACGAUGCUCCUUCUGUUCUAAGGUAUAUAGUUGGGAUGAUAGUAACUAUGAAAAGGGGAUUUUGGCCGGAAAGGAGCCUUUUUGUCCAGGCUGUGCCAAGCUAUCUGCUGACAGAGUGGAAAAGGGGAAGCGUCCAACAGCAAUUAGAACGCUCAGGCCCGACAUUGUGCUUUAUGGUGAAGAAAACCCGCAAGCCGAAUACAUCAAUGAGGUUGUUAAACAAGAUCUGCACCAACGUCCUGAUAUCCUUCUGAUCAUGGGUACAAGCCUCACAACAUACGGAGUCAAGUAUCUGAUCAGAGACUUUGCGGAGGCUCCUCAUGAACAAAACGGGAAGGUGGUGUAUGUGAACCGUACAAGACCAGCCAAGGAGUGGGAUAACAUAAUUGAUUAUUGGGCUGAACAGGAAUGUGACAUCUGGGUACAAGAUCUGAAACGACGGCAGUCGGCGCUUUUGUAA